AUGGAUCGUUUUAAUAUCCGCCCUCCUCCUUCUAUCAAGGAAGCCGCCAAAUCCAUCCUCCAACGACGUGAAAGGUCCCUUUAUAUCGACGACGACAUCAAGUCGUUGACGGCUCAAGCAAAAAGCGAUCCUAGGACAAAUGUCGAUCAGUUCAUCGACAAAUACAUUGAUCGUCGCAAUAUAGGCAUGGCCGUCGUCGCAUUCAGCAUCCAUAGAUUCCCAUUCAAUCCCAUACCUCCUGGUGUGGGCCUGGAUAGAUGGGUGUGCCAAUACUUGUCCAUAAUAAAGGGCAAUUUCAAUAUCCUGCGGGAGUUCAUAGAGCUGGCUGAUAACAUCAACCAACUAUCUGAACUCUAUAUGGCUGUGCCCGACCCUCAGAAGCAUUGGGAGGUCAUGUAUCGGUAUGCUCUGUACAAUUCACACGGGAAUACGUUCUCGGAUACUGCAGCUUCAGACAUGGAAGAUCUACCUCUGGAUGACCCCAAACUCAUGGAGACGAUUCGUAUUGGUCUUUAUGUCUACGAUCUACAGAAUUUGCCCGGCGAAAUUCUGAAGGACAUGGCAGGCAAUCCCAUCGACCCGGAAUUACUUGCUCGCGUGCAGCGAAGCUUCUGGCAAGAAGAAUUCGAAACCCGGGCUAUGAAUGUGAUCGACCUUUACGACUAUGGCAAACUCUCCGAUAAUAGGGAGAUUCGGAAGACGAUCGAUCGGCUUCUGCGGGAGCCAAUUCUGGUGGACACUUUGCCAUUCCAAAGACUGGUCAAGUGGCAACGUCUAGCCAUAACAGUGUGUAAGGCUGACAUAGGCGAUAUUCGAACUAAGUACAGUCUCUUCCGCAUCUUGCAAGUGGACAAACUCCAUCACCUUGGAGUUCAGGGGUUAGCAGCCUGCCUACCCAGCUAUGGUGACUCAUAUGAGUUGCAGUUUAUCUUCGAGCUGUGCUCCCUCAAUUCUCUGAUUGAUAGCUUCUUCAUUAAUCAUGAUUUUGAGAGGGAAGGGGCGUGGUUCGAUGGCUGGUUUGAGAGGUUUCCUGUUUCAGGCUCUAUUGAUCACGUCCAUUUUGGUCUUGAGUACUCUCUCAAACCAAAUGAUUGGGAUGAGCGCUUUUUCGAGAGAGAGGGUGAUUUCGUGAAGGAUGCCCGCGCGAUAGGCUUGGAUGAUGAGGACAUGGAAUUUCUUUGGGGAAUGGGUCCUCAAGUACCGGACGAGCCUCCACAUUUGGAUAUUGUCGAUGAGGUUUUGACUUGUAUGCUGUCACAAAUUGAUGUUAUUGACAUUCGCGCCUGGAGUUAG